AUGGAUUCCUCAAAGAGUAGUCGCGGAGAAACAUCCAUCAAAAUUCCGGAAUCAAACUCCGACAAGCACAAAAGCAUCGGUGCCACAAAGGUGGCGGAUCCGGUGGGAGGUGGGUGGCAGAGAGGGGUCUCCAUCUUCGACUUUAUUUUGAGAGUCUGCGCACUUGCCGCUGCCUUGGGGGCCACAGCUGCCAUGGGAACUACCAAUCAGAGGCUUCCUUUCUUUACUCAGUUCUCCCAAUUCCAAGCUAGCUACAACGACCUCCCGGCUUUUACGUUCUUUGUCGUGGCAAAUGCCAUUACUAGUGGCUACUUGGUCCUAUCCUUGCCUUUCUCCAUUGUCGCCAUUGUUCGUCCACAUGCAGCUGCUCUUAAGCUUCUCCUACUCAUCUUCGACACUGUGAUGGUGGCCUUCACCACAGCUGGUGCAGCGGCAGCUGCGGCCAUAGUCUAUUUGGCCCACAACGGGAAUUCGAACACCAACUGGCUUGCCAUUUGCCAGCAAUUUAACAAUUUUUGCCAGCGAGUCAGUGGUGCUGUGGUGGCAUCAUUCAUUGCGGUGCUCAUCCUAAUUUUCUUGGUUGUGCUGUCGGCCACUGCUCUGCGGAGCCACUGA